AUGACAAAACCCGGGGAACUGGCGCCAUGGGAGAGCGCAGUUGCAGGCGCCACUGGUGCCGUUCUUGCGAAUGCAAUUGUCUACCCGCUCGAUAUCGUCAAGACCCGAUUACAGGUCCAGAUCAAGAAGAAGGGCCAAGUACACCAGCACACCCCCGAGCACCACCACUACGAGUCGACGUUCGAUGCGAUCAAGAAGAUUGUCGAACAUGAUGGCAUCAGUGGCCUGUAUUCGGGUAUCAACGGUGCGCUGAUCGGCGUCGCUUCCACGAACUUUGCCUACUUCUAUUGGUACUCGGUCGUGCGGUCGCUAUAUACCAAGUACAGUCAAGCACAUCCCAGUACAGCUGCAGAGCUGUCACUCGGCGCAGUUGCGGGUGCGGUUGCUCAAAUAUUUACCAUACCCGUUGCCGUGAUCACCACACGGCAACAGACACAGCCAAGAGGGCACAAAAAGGGUCUGUUCGCCACAGGCAAGGAGGUCAUUGAGAGUGAAGACGGCUGGACCGGACUGUGGAGAGGACUGAAGGCUUCUCUCGUGCUGUGUGUCAACCCGGCAAUCACAUAUGGCGCUUACCAGCGCCUGAAGGACAUCAUGUUCCCGGGAAAGACCAGACUGCGUCCCUGGGAAGCAUUCCUUCUGGGAGCCAUCUCCAAAUCUAUCGCGACGAUAUGCACACAACCAUUGAUUGUCGCCAAAGUCGGCUUACAAUCCCGUCCUCCCCCAGCCCGGGAGGGUAAGCCCUUCAAGACCUUCGGCGAGGUCAUGGAGUAUAUCGUCGAGCACGAAGGCCCUCUUGCCUUGUUCAAGGGCAUCGGGCCUCAGCUCAUGAAAGGUUUGCUCGUACAGGGUCUCCUCAUGAUGACCAAGGAGAGAGUAGAGCUUUUGUUCAUUCUCAUUUUCGCCUACCUCCGUACCGUGCGAGCCAAGAGGCUCAGAGAGGCGGCGCAGAAGCUGAAGGAAAAUGCGACGCCGCUGGCGGAAGGACUGAAGAGCCGAGCUAUGCCUGUCGCCGAGAGUGUGGUUGAGAAGGCCAAGGCCAGUGUCCCUGCGACCUUGAAGUAG